CUUUAGCCAAUGAAAUUUGAGAGUUUCUCUUCAGCGCUGUGGAAACUGGUAUGAAUUUAAGAUCUCCGCUCGAAAUUUACGGCUUUUCGCUGGAUUUAAAGCCGUUUGACGCCGAUGUUUCGCGUGUGAGGAUUCACGCGAAAUGUGCUCGCGGCGCAAGACCCCCGUUCUCGAAGUCAGAGCUUCGUAGCUCCGUUCGCGCGAACCUCGCGUCGGCAUUUCACCAGACAGACGUGGUUCUGGAGAAUGUAGGAUUUCGAGGAGUUGUACUUUCUGUACGGCACAAUGGUGCUGACAGAGAACAUAAGGCUUGACUUAACAGGUCUGAUUUUACUUGAGCUCCAAGCAAAGGCCUGAAGAGCUGCUGGUUGGAAAACAUUUGCCCAUCCCUUCCCUCCCCCCCAAAAAAAACCUUUACCUAAACUGCCUUUCAACAUUCUUUCAGCCUUUCUGGAAAGCAUUCGCUGCGUCUUUUUUUUUUCGAAAUCCCUCUUGACCUUCCCUCCCCCUUCAUUCUGCGAAGUCUGAUUUACCAAUUUCGUGGCUUCAGUCUGCUUUUUUUAAAACCACAAACCGCAUGCUCCCCUAAGUGUGAGUCAUGAGAAAACAGACGUGCAACGUUCUUCUGGUCUGUGGGGUCAUCAGCUCCAUCACGGUUUUUUAUCUUGGCCUGAGCACGAUAGAAUGCCCGACUGCUCGUUCUCGCGCUGCGCAGCACCGGUGGGCGGCUAAUCUACAUGCUGGCCGAAACCUAAGUGACCCGUUACAGAUCCCAGAGGAAUACAACGAGGAAACCCCUCUCAUUUUCGUCGGCGGAGUCCCUCGUAGUGGCACCACGCUGAUGAGGGCCAUGUUGGACGCCCACCCUCUCGUCCGGUGCGGAGAAGAGACCCGCGUCAUCCCCCGGCUGCUAGCCAUGCAGGCCACGUGGAGUCACUCUGCACGUGAACGGGUCCGUCUGGAUGAAGCGGGGGUCACCGAUGAGGUCCUGGAUUCAGCAGUGCGUGCCUUUCUGUUGGAGAUCAUAGUGGGCCACGGCGAGCCCGCUCCGAGGCUCUGCAACAAGGACCCUUUCGCUCUCAAGUCCCUUUCCUACCUCUCCAAGCUCUUCCCUAAAGCAAAGUUUGUUCUUAUGCUACGCGACGGCAGGGCUACUGUACACUCUAUGAUUUCUCGCAAGGUGACCAUCACCGGGUUUGACCUGUCGAGUUACCGGGACUGUUUGGUGAAGUGGAACCGGGCGGUGGAGGUGAUGUACGACCAGUGCCUGGCUGCAGCGGACGGCAACUGUCUGCCCGUGCAUUACGAGCAGCUGGUCCUGUACCCUGAGCGGGUGAUGCAGAAGCUCCUACGCUUCCUGGACCUGCCGUGGGACACCGCCGUGCUGCACCACGAGCAGCUUAUUGGGAAAGCCGGUGGAGUUUCACUGUCAAAAGUGGAACUGUCGACGGAUCAAGUAGUCAAGCCAGUGAAUACAGACGCUCUGUCUAAAUGGGUGGGCAAAAUCCCUGCUGAUGUGGUGAAUGACAUGGCCAGCCUUGCUCCGAUGUUAAGUCGCUUAGGUUAUGACCCACUGGCCAACCCACCAAACUACAGCAAGCCUGAUCUCUUAUUUCUGAACAACACCAAAAUGGUGAGGUCAAUCCAAAACUGAAAGGUCCUCUCAACCUUUAAAGCAAUAAACAAUGUGCAGUUUUUGAGCACGUAAAGCCUUUACUUGAAUGAUCAACUUCAGCAGUUUUGUUGGAAAAGAAAUUCAUCUUGUAUAGGACCAUCGUUGCUUGUGGCAACAGUUUUAUACAGUGAUAGUUUUAUUGUUGUAUUUGUGAAGUCAUUUUUCUAUUAAAUUUGAUUUUAAUUUUUUGUUACUUGUAUGCUUUGGUGUUGCUACUAAUGUUAGUCUAAUGCCUUUUCGUUAUUUUAUGUGUGUAAAUGCAUGCGUGUUGUGUUAGAUGUGUCAUAAUGAGUUAUUAUUACACAGGAAACAAUGCUGAAAAAGGAAGCCACACGUUGCACAGAAUUACCACUUUUUGCAUUGUUCUCCUUGACUGCAAGUUUAAAAGUGUUUUUAAAAUGUUGACCUUUUAAAGGAAUUAUCAUUUUAUUGUAGGCCUUUUAUUGUGAAUUUAUGUAGUGCAUACUUGACAAAUGUGGUUCAAACAUGAAGGACUUCAGACACGGUCUCUGCUCAUCUCCAGCAUUCCUUCACAUACCUUCAAGUCCAGUAAUAUAGAACAAUCUGUCUCAUCGCAUGAGACUGCAACGUUUUUUGUAACAUUUAACGUUUUGUUUCAUGGAAUAAAAUAAAGCAUAUUUAUUAAAUGUUUUAUUUCUAAAAAAAUCUAUGUGUGUUUGAAUGUGAAAUGAGAUUGCUCAGAUUAUGUGGUGUAAUCAAAACAAAUUGAAAGGACAAUAAAAAAGUAUUUUCGAUUGAUUUUUAA